UUUCUAGGUGAAUGCAGCUAUAUGUGAUGAGGUGGUGAGAAUAGAGGAGAAAGUUUUACAAGUGAAGGAGGAACGAAGGUUUCUACUCCAUAAGCUUCUCCAGUUCCAAUCUAUGACUGACCCAACAUUAGCCAACAUUAAGAUGCCAGUUACUACAACUACUACAACCACCACUACAUACCCUACUAUACUCAAAGUGCCCACUGCUGUUACUACUCCUCAGCAAGUUCCUGCUGAACCGUCUGCAGCACCAGCAGUGCCUGCAAAGCCAAAAGUGAAAAAGAAACUCACUGAAAGAAAGAAAACAGUUACAGAGUUACUUGAAGAGAAAUCGAAACCUAAAAAGGCCAAAACACAAGCCAGUAGCAAAAAGAUAGUGCCACCAAUUCCUCUAGAUCCUUUAGGACGACCUGUUUUCCCAUUAUCCAUUGGAGACUUGACAAUUCACAGCCUUGGUGAAAUUGUUCCUGAUCGACCAAAUUUCCAUACUGAGGAACAUAUUUACCCCAUUGGCUUCUGCAGUACCCGAUUGUACGUAAGCACACGGCAUCCAGAUCAAAAGUGUCUUUAUACUUGUAGUAUAUCAGAUGGUGGAAAUGGUCCCCUCUUUGAAAUAUCUGCUGAUGACCAAAAACAAAUUUUGUGCCACCGUGAUCCCUCAGAAUGUCACAGCAAAUUACUGCAAUUAAUUAAUCAAUCACGGGGUUACGACCUUGUGGCCACUCAUGGUGCUGGUCCGGAGUUUUUUGGGUUGUCGCACCCGAUUGUACAGAACCUUAUCCAGAGCUGUCCUGGUGCACGGAAAUGUUCCCUUUAUAAAUGGAUCAAGUUUGAAGUUAGCAAGACUGAAAACAUCUGCAGUUCGAUUACUACUGAAGAUGACCCCACCAUUUCGGUGGAAGCUCUUCGAUCACUGCAGUCAGUUUCUCAAGGAAGCAAAUUUCAGACUUGAAGCCAUUGAAAAGACGUUUCCAAUAUAGAUACAUAAGUAUUCAUGUGGUGCUGAGUCAAUUCCGCAGGCAGUAUGCAGAAAUAUAAAAUUGACAGAUGUCUAACUGAAGAUAAAAAUCAUAAAUAAUAAUAAUAAUCAUAAUAAUGGAAAUCAUUUCAGAUCUCAAAACAUUUUGCUUUUAUAUCAUUAUUUUCUAAAACUGCAAGAGAACAAAUAAACAAACCUAACUGUAAGCCUGGUGCAGCCGCUAGCUCUCCAGAUCUCAGUCAAACCGUCCAACCCAUGCCAGUAUGGAAAACGGACGUUAAACGAUGACGAUGAUGAUGAUUUCAUGUAUAUUUUAUAUAUUUUAUAUUUUGUGUUUUUUUAAUGUCAGAUACUUUAUAUCUAUAAACUUAAUCUUUCCUUGUA